AUGGAUGCUUUAAGGGAAAUGCCAGGGUAUGAAAAAAUGAUGAAGGACCUGAUGUCGCAAAAAUUUGACUUCCAGGACUUGUCCACUGUAACUCUGACACAGACCUGCAGUGCGGUAGGGACAAGGCCUAUGGCUCAAAAGGUGUCUGAUCCAGGUAGUUUCACUAUCCCAUGCACCAUUGGGGGUUAUGCUUUUGCUAAAGCAUUGUGUGACUUGGGAGACAGUAUAAACUUGAUGCCCUUGGCAAUCUAUACAAAACUGGGCAUUGGUAGAGCUAGACAGACCUCCAUGUUGCUGCAACUGACUGAUCGCACAGUCAAAAGACUGACAAGAAUUCUUGAUGAUGUGCUUGUUCAAGUGGGAAAAUUUAUUUUCCCUGCAGACUUCGUCAUUCUUGACUGUCAAGUGGAUGAAGAUAUACCAAUCAUUCCGGGAAGACCGUUUUUAGCCACUGGGAGAGAAUUGAUUGAUUGUGAGACGGGAGAAUUGAAAAUGAGGUUGAACAAUGAAGAAAUAAUAUUCAAUGUUCAACACUCUAUGAGGAGACCCAGCGAAUUUGCAAAUUGCUCGCUAGUGGAGGCCGUAGAUGUAAUACUACAAGAGGAAGAUGAGACUAUUAAUGUCAGGGAUACGUUACAAGCCUGCUUGAUGAAUCUGGAAAAUGUGGAUGGUGAGGAGUUGGCAGAGUGGGUCAUGGCUCUCGAAGGUCAAGGGUUCUGGAAAAGGGAACCCAGCUCGAGCCCCUACACUUAG